AUGAUUUUCAUCCCGUUUGCUUUAUUCUCUAACAAAACUUUUUCUCCAGAUUCAGUGUAUCGGUGCGUGUGUCACAAGCGCACCAGUUUGGGACCCCUGUUGUUUCACUCAAAUGUGAACGGUCGUCUGAUUACGCUGAGUGACGGUGGGCGACGGGCGACCCGAAAUGAGUCGUCGUUUCGCCACGGUCUGGUGUUCAGCGCGCGACCGGUAAAGAUCCAGGAGAAGUUGCGCCUACGGGUCGAGAGCUGUACGGGGAAUUGGCACGGCUCACUGCGGGUCGGUUUUGCAAAUGUUUUACCCGAGGAGACAACGUUACCCCCACUGGCUGUUCCAGACUUAACCGACUCCUCCUCACUGUACGCAGCAGCGCUACUUCCCGAAGACAAGUGUUACCCAGGCUCAGAGAUGGAGUUCUGGAUCGACAGUAGUGCCAGAAUUUGUACACAAAGUUCUGAUGAUACCACGUCCUCUAAGCAGACUGCUCUAAAUAUCCACGGGCCCAUCUGGGCGAUGAUUGACAUCUAUGGACAGACUACCGCAGUGGUGCUGCUUGGUUCUAAAAAGAAAGGUCUGAUAUUCACCUAUAGGUCCUGCCCUGCUCUGAAACACAACAAACACACUGAUGAUAAUAACUGUGUCUAUGGAGACAUCAAGAAAGAAACUCUGGAAAGACUGAAGAAAUUAAUGAGCAUGCAGGACCAUGAAUCUCUUAACAAAGGUAAGAUUAUCACAUAGCAAGUGAAAAUUUAUUGUCUCACUACUUAACUAAAUAAAAAGUAAGUUGGAGCAAUUUGGAGUGGAAAAAUCAGUAUUAGCACCCUUUCCUGGGUAUACAGUGUUGCAGAAUUAUGUCAAAGAUUAUGGGAGUUCUUAUACGCCCCUCCCAUGACAUAGGAUC